AAACCUCUGCCACCUCACCUGGGAACUUCUGAAGAAGAGAGUGAGACGGAGACCGAUAGCUCGAAGCCCUAUCGUCCCGCCAGGUCUCGCCGUCCCCCACCGGAUAGAACACGAAACAAAGGCGGAGAAGAAUGUCGUCGACGCUGCUGGAGGUGACGCGUGCGUCGCACGAGGAGAUAGAACGACUCGAGCGCCUCAUCGUGAAGGAUCUCCAGACCGAGCCGGCCACCAACAAGGACCGCCUCCACCAGAGCCACCGCGUUCGAAAUGUCAUUGAGCAAAUACUCGAAUCCACGCACAAGCUCGUUGAUAUCUACGAAGAUAAAGACGGUGCGCGGAAGGAUGAGAUUGCAGCUCUUGGAGGCCAGACUGCAACUGGAACUAACGUGUUCAGUGCAUUUUAUGACAGAUUAAAGGAGAUUCGGGAAUACCAUAGACGGCAUCCUGCUGCACGUGUUGUCGAUACCAGUGAUGAGUAUGAACAGCUUCUCAAGGAGGAGCCACAGAUUGAGUUUAGUGGGGAAGAAGGGUUUGGGCGAUACCUAGAUUUGCAUGAACUGUUUGGUGAAUAUAUUAACUCCAAAUUUGGUGAGCCAAUCGAAUAUGCUGCUUAUCUUGAUGUCUUCUACAAACCACAUAAGAUUUCGCGCAAACUGAAGUCAACAAGGCAGUACAUGGAAUAUUUGCAGAAGUUACUUGAGUAUUUGAUAUAUUUUUUCGAGCGGACAGAGCCUUUGCAGGACACUGACAGGAUAUUUUCAAAGGUGGUUGCUGACUUUGAAGAGCAAUGGGCAAAUGGGAACUUUGAAGGAUGGGAGGAUGAUUCUCAGGAAAAUGGGAGUGAUCCAAUGGAUCAUACUGUGAUUGAUCUUGACUACUAUAGUACAGUUGAGGAAUUGAUGGAAGUGGGCCCUGAUAAGCUGAAGGAGGCAUUAGCUGCACUAGGAUUGAAGUCAGGAGGUACUGUCCAGCAGCGUGCGGAAAGACUUUUCCUUACAAAGCAUACACCACUUGAAAAAUUGGACAAGAAACAUUUUGCAAAAGGUUCUCGGGGUCCUGAGCGGAAUGGUGGUGGUGCUCCUCUACAACUGAAUGAAGAUGCAAAAGAAGUUGCACUUAUGGAAGCGAAAAUAAGAAAGCUGUGUGAUCUAUUGGAGGAGACAAUUGUCCGCACAAAGGAAAAUGUGGAGAAGAAACAGGCUCUGACAUAUGAAGAAAUGGAGGCAGAACGGGAAGAGGAAGAAGUACAAGCAGAGUCAGAGAGUGAUGAUGAAGAGCAGCAGAUUUAUAACCCCUUGAAGUUGCCCAUGGGCUGGGAUGGGAAACCCAUUCCGUAUUGGUUAUAUAAACUUCAUGGGCUUGGUCAGGAAUUCAAGUGUGAGAUCUGUGGGAACCACAGUUACUGGGGUCGUAGAGCAUAUGAACGACAUUUCAAGGAAUGGAGGCAUCAGCAUGGGAUGCGAUGUCUUGGUAUCCCGAAUACAAAGAACUUCAAUGAGAUUACAUCUAUUGAGGAAGCAAAGCAACUUUGGGAGAGAAUCCAGGAGAGACAAGGUCUUAACAAAUGGCGCCCAGAUCUUGAGGAAGAAUAUGAAGAUCAAGAAGGCAAUAUCUAUAACAAAAAGACAUACACAGAUCUGCAACGGCAGGGUUUGAUUUAGAGAGGUCACUUUUUAUCAGCCGUGUUUAUGUGGGAGAUCUUCUUAACCCGUCAAGGGUAUGUUUUUUCCCUGCUACUUGUACUUUCAUCAAUCAAAACAGUGCCGACCAAUAUUUCAUGAUGAUUUGAUGGUAUCUUGCUGUUUUCUUCAGCUUUCUUAGGCAUCAUGUUUGGUGCAAGGAAAUUGUGAGGGAAGGGUAAAGUUUGUAGCGUGUAGUAGAGGGAUCCCCUAGAACAAGAGGAGGCAGUCUAUUAUACCAGAAGAGAUGGAUGGAAUGUUUCCAUGUAUUUUUUUAACGGCUUUUCCAACAUUGGGACCCAUUCUAACACCAGAUAUAGUCAUAUAGACUUCUUGAAGGGGAAAAAAAAAUCCUAAACGGAAUUUGCUGUUUAUGAUUCUACAAUUUUCAUGUUUGCUUUUGAUGUAGUUGCUUUGAUGCAGAUCUUGGUUCUGUUAGAUUUUGAUGUAUGUUGGGAGAAGAUUAUGAUGUAUGUAUAAUUAAUGUCUUGGCAAUUGUACUUUUUGGCUUAUUAAUUAUGAAGGCGCCUUCCUUUCAAAAUAA